AUGGCUUCUAUAACAGUAGGUAAUAACAUUAUUGCUGUAAUAAAGGACUUGUAUAUAGACUGCUACGAUUAUUCUAACCACAAUGUAAUUGUUGUGGAAUCUAAUGAUAAUAAUGACAGGAUUUCUGACAUCAUAUUAUCAUAUAAUUGUAGAUAUUUAGCUGUAAUAACAUCAACAUCCAAGCAACUUAUUGUGUAUGAACUGCCUUCACUCACAAAAAAGAAACAGUAUGUACUUCCCAGAACUGGAAGCAAAAUUCGAUUCUCAGCAAGAGGUGACCGAAUAUUUGUAGCUGACAAAAGUGGUGAUGUACUUAUGUAUGAUAUCACUAAGGAAGGUGAUGGAAUUAAACUCUUAGGUCAUUUAAGUUUAUUACUUAACAUUCUGCAAACAAAUAACUGUAAAUUUAUAAUUUCAUCUGAUAGAGAUGAAAAAAUUAGAGUGUCUUGUUACCCAAAUACAUAUAACAUUCAAACCUAUUGUCUGGGGCAUAGAGAAUUUGUGAAUCAUAUAGAACUUUUACCUCAUGAUGACAAUUACUUAACAAGCACAUCUGGUGAUGGCACUAUCAAAUUUUGGAACUAUACAGAGGGAAAACUAUAUUACAGUAUUGAUACAUUCCUUGACAUAAAUGAUGAGAAACUAAAAGAAAAUUUUGCCAAAAUGAUGAUAGCAGAUGGAAUUGAAGUGAAUACUUUGCCAAUUGUACACUAUGCAGUUACAAAAUUAAAUGAUUCAUGUAGCAUUUUAGCUGUGGCUGUUCACACAUUUAAUCAAAUACUCAUUUAUAGUGUUCAUACAAAUAAUCAAUGUUUUGAACAUAAACUACAUGAAAAAUUGGAUGUGCCACAAUUCCCAGCUUCUUUUAAGUUUUAUAAUAAUUCUUUGUUUGUAUAUAAUGCUGUUGAUAGUAAUGUUGAAAUUUUUAAAAUUAAAUAUGAAAAGUUAAGUAUCUCACUUGAAAUUGGUGAAAAAGUUCAAAUGUUUAUAAAUAACAAAUUAAAUGCUAAUAUUAAUUUAGAAAACAACCACACAAUUAAACUUUUAUAUAAAAGAAAAUUUGACAAUGUGCAAGAGUAUCAAGAAAGAAAAAGACAAAGAUUGGGAAAGGUAUGA